AAAACCAAACUCGAACGAUAAUGAGUAGUCAAACACGUCUCCUCUUGAUUCUGGCCAUCCUCACCAACCCCUCCACCUCCGUAACAGCCAAAACUACACCUCCAACGGCACAAACAGCGCCAACCUCAUCUCCCUCCUUUCAUCCCUUCCACCAAACAUCACCGACAACGGUUACUACAACGCCACCGCUCUCUGCCGAACCGACUUCCAGUUAGAGGAAUGCCACAGCUGCCUCCGCGGAGCCAUCGCCCCACUUCUCCAGUCGCUCUACCCCAACCGGAGACAGGGGAUCUUCUUCGAACGCAUGUGCUCUCUUCGCUACUCCCACGAGCCUAUAUCCGGCGCUCAAUCAUACAGUGUCCGCUCCUGGGGCUUCAAGCAGCCUCGAGCAGUUCAACCAGCAGCUGAAGGUGCUGCUCAGGGAGCUUCGCGGCCAGGCGGCUGCGGGAGGGCCGUUGAUGAAGAUCGCGGUGGGGAAUGGGACGGCGCUGGAUUUUCAGACGGUGUUUGCGAUGGUGCAGUGCGUGCCGGAUCUGUCGGCGGCGGGCUGCGCCGAUUGCUUGAUCAGGGCGGAGCAAUUGAUCUGUUGUGAUAACAGGUCAGAGAUUGUUGUGUAUAUAUGCCUGGUUGUUAUCUUGAAUAUACUAUUGCUAUGUAUCCCUUUUAUAAUAUUAGUCGGAUUGAGCAAGUUCGAGCGAUGAUACCUGCGCCCCUGUCAUGUCUCCUCCGCUGCAGGCUCCCGCGACAUAGCCAUCGCCAGGGAAAACUUCGGAAAGGCCAACAAAUUGCAGUGAAAAGGUUAUCAAGAAACACAAAGCAAGGAGAAUUGGAGUUCAAGAACGAAGUGGUGUUGAUGGCCAAGCUCCAGCAUAGAAAUUUAGUAAGGUUGUUGGGAUUUUCAAUACAAGGAGCAGAGAGGCUUCUCGUAUAUGAAUUUGUUCAAAAUGGAAGCCUAGAUUGCUCUGUUUUUGAUCCGAUGAAGCGUUUGGCUAUUAAUUGGGACAGUCGAUACAAGAUCAUAAAGGGCAUCGCCAAAGGACUUGUUUAUCUGCACGAUGACUCUCGUCUUCGUGUAAUUCAUCGUGAUCUUAAAGGGAGCAAUGUUCUCCUAGAUGAAGACAACAAUCCUAAAAUCUCAGAUUUCGGUAUGGCAAGAUUGUUCAGAGAGGAUGAAACACGAGCCAAUACACGCAGAAUAGUUGGAACCUACGGGUACAUGGCACCAGAAUAUGCACGAAAUGAGCAUUUUUCCAAUGAAGUCAGACGUGUUUAGCUUUGGAGUGCUGGUGUUGGAGAUUAUCAGCGGACAGAUUCACAACUCUUUCAAGAAUGUGGAGAAUGGAGAGAAUGUAGAAUACAUGCUUAGCUUUUUAAGUUUAAAUUUUCUGAUUGAUUAUAGUAGUUAAAAUGUCAACUUAGAUUUGUUUGACAUGGAUUGUGCUCGGGAAAGUAAUCUGAUUAAAAUCGUGUGUUUGGAGAAAACAUGGAACGUAAUUUGAUUCCUAAUUAUUAAAUUUCUGUGUUUGGUUUAGUUAUAAGAAAUUAGGGAAAGUAAUAUGAUUCCUAAAUAUGAGGAAAGUUAUGUAGAAUUUCAAGGAUUCUUAAACCUAUGUAUUCUUUUUCCCUGUAAAUUUAAAAAACGGUUUUUCUUUU